AUGGCAACAUCUUCAGCAGAAUCAGUAAUUGGAGUAAUUGAUGGGAAAUUUGAAAGUGGGUACAUAGUUUCUGUGACAAUGGGCUCAGAGACACUGAAAGGCAUACUUUAUGAAGUGCCACAGCACCCAGUGUUGCCAACAUCCCAUCACAGUGUUUCUGCUUCAUUGGGUGUUCAUCAUCCACGGCACAGUAAGAAAUCAGAAAUGAAAAAGAGAGUUCCUGCACAUCCAAAACAUAGUAGAAGUGGGUACAAUUUCUUCUUUGCUGAACAACAUGCAACACUCAAGACACUUCACCAAGGAAAAGAGGGAGAGAUUCCUAGGAUGAUUGGUGAACUCUGGUCAAAGUUAAAAGUGUCUCAAAAGAUGAUUUAUCAAGAGAUGGCUGUGAAAGACAAGGAAAGGUACAUGCUAGAAAUGGAUGAUUAUUUGGAGAAAUUAAGAAUAGGCCAUGUGAUCACUGAUGCUGUGCCACUUCAACAAUGGCCUCCUAAACUGGCCACAAACAUGUUGGAUGCUGACAUGAAUUUGGAUGAUGUUGAGAAAAAUGAAACCAGUUCAAGUGGAAAAGGUUUUGUAGAUCAUAAUAAAGCUGCAGAUAGAGGUUUUGAUAUGAAUGCAGUGCCUGAUAUGGGAAGGAGAGAAGAGAGAUGCAAAGAUUUUGUGGUGCAUGAUCAUAGCAUAAAUUUUGAUGUUCAUGUUCAAAUUGAUAAAUGGUUUUUGCAUGGAAAACUUGUUGGAAAAAUCAUGUGGUGCCUCAUGGCGUCUGUUAUUCCUCGAUGCUUUUCCCAAAUUACAAUCCUAACUUCAACUCAAAACCCACGAAAAACGCAUGUGGUUAAAUCAAGCCUUAGCCACCAAAAUGACAGCUCUUCUUCCCCUCACACCGACCACUCCUCAAAGGAACUCCAAGUAACAGUUUCCAGGCGUAGUUGUCUUUCUUGUUUGUGCUCAACUCUAGUCUUGAUUGGUGAUUAUGCUGCACCUAUUUUUGUUCCUAAGGCAACUGCUGUGGAUGGAAUGAUGGAAAAACCUGUGUGCAGAAAUUGUUUGGGAAGUGGUGCUGUGCUUUGUGACAUGUGUGGUGGUACAGGAAAAUGGAAAGCUCUAAACAGGAAGCGAGCUAAAGAUGUUUAUGAAUUUACUGAGUGUCCAAAUUGUUAUGGUCGAGGAAAACUUGUCUGCCCUGUUUGUCUAGGAACUGGUUUGCCAAACAAUAAAGGUCUUCUAAGGCGGCCCGAUGCACGGAAACUGCUUGAUAAGAUGUAUAAUGGAAGGUUACUUCCAAACUCUUAG